GCCCCGCCCCCGCGGAAACGUCACCGCGGCUCGUCCGGGCGGGCGCCGCCAUGUUGGGGGUCCUCGCCGCGGGCGCGUAGGUGUCUUCAUAAGAUGCCGGCUCGGCGGCGUCCGGCUUUCUCCCCCCAAGAUGGCGUCCAUGCGGGAGAGCGACACGGGCCUGUGGCUGCACAACAAACUGGGGGCCACGGACGAGCUGUGGGCGCCGCCCAGCAUCGCGUCCCUGCUCACCGCCGCGGUCAUCGACAACAUCCGCCUCUGCUUCCAUGGCCUCUCGUCGGCCGUGAAGCUCAAGCUGCUGCUCGGGACGCUGCACCUUCCGCGACGCACCGUGGACGAGAUGAAGGGCGCCCUGGCGGAGAUUAUCCAGCUGGCUACCCUGGACUCGGACCCCUGGGUUCUCAUGGUAGCUGACAUCCUGAAGUCCUUUCCCGACACCGGCUCGCUUAACCUUGACCUUGAGGAACAGAAUCCCAACGUUCAAGAUAUUCUAGGAGAACUUAGAGAAAAGGUGAAUGAGUGUGAAGCGUCGGCCAUGCUGCCACUGGAGUGCCAGUACCUGAAUAAAAACGCCCUGACGACCCUCGCCGGACCCCUCACUCCCCCAGUGAAACAUUUUCAAUUGAAGAGGAAGCCGAAGAGUGCCACGCUGAGGGCAGAGCUCCUGCAGAAAUCCACUGAGACGGCCCAGCAGCUGAAGCGGAGCGCGGGCGUGCCCUUCCACGCCAAGGGCCGGGGACUGCUCCGGAAGAUGGACACCACAACCCCACUCAAAGGCAUCCCGAAGCAGGCGCCCUUCAGAAGCCCCACCACCCCCAGUGUCUUCAGCCCCGCCGGGAACCGGACCCCCAUCCCGCCUUCGAGGACCCCCCUGCGGAAGGAGAGGGGAGUGAAGCUGCUUGACAUUUCUGAGCUGGACAUGGUGGGAGCCGGCCGAGAGGCAAAGAGGAGGAGGAAGACGCUGGAUGCGGAAGUGGUGGAAAAGCCAGCCAAGGAGGAGACCGUCGUGGAGAACGCCACCCCAGAUUAUGCGGCCGGCCUGGUGUCCACACAGAAACUCGGAUCCUUGAACAACGAGCCUGCGCUGCCUUCCACGAGCUACCUGCCUGCCACCCCCAGCGUGGUCCCGGCCUCGUCCUACAUCCCCAGCUCCGAGACCCCACCAGCACCGUCUUCUCGGGAGGCUGGCCUGCAGGCCAGCCGGCCGCCUGAGGAGCCCAGUGCCCCAAGCCCUGCGCUGCCAGCACAGUUCAAGCAGAGGGCACCCAUGUACAACAGCGGCCCGAGCCCUGCCGCAUCCACACCCUCAACGCCCACCUCUCCCCUGACGCCCACCACACCCCCGGCCGUCACCCCGGCCGCCCAGACGCCUCCGGUGGCCAUGGUGGCCCCACAGACCCAGCCCCCUGCCCAGCAGCAGCCCAAGAAGAACCUGUCCCUCACGAGAGAGCAGAUGUUUGCCGCGCAGGAGAUGUUCAAGACGGCCAACAAAGUCACACGGCCAGAGAAGGCCCUCAUCCUGGGCUUCAUGGCCGGCUCCCGAGCAGCCCCUGCCCUCCGCAGAGAACCCGUGCCAGGAGCAGGGCGACGUGAUCCAGAUCAAGCUCAGCGAGCACACGGAGGACCUGCCCAAGUCGGACGGCCAGGGCAGCACCACCAUGCUGGUGGACACCGUGUUCGAGAUGAACUAUGCCACAGGCCAGUGGACGCGCUUCAAGAAGUACAAGCCCAUGGCCAACGUGUCCUAGGGGCCGCCCGCCGCCCAUGCUGGCCUUCGCCGUGGGGCUUGGCGGGACGGCCGCUCCUCGGGCUCCACCGGGCCCCAGCCCGCUAAAGCUUUAGGUUCAUUUCUCGGGGGUGUUCUGGACUUGUUUUUUAAAUUUUAAUAUGGGUUACCUUUUGUGUGAUUUCAGAUACUUUUUUGGAUUCAAUAUUACAUUUUUGAAUGUUCAAGUUAACCAGAAAAGUUAUAACUUCCUAAUUUUAGCAACAGCUCUGCUUAUUAGACUUUUAUCUUUUUUAUUUUUUCUUAAAUUCCACUGACCACGAAGGAGGGCUUUUCCUUGCUAGUGCGACGCUCUCCCCGCCCCACGAGGUUGAGGGGACCAAAGGGAUGCCUGGCGCGGUGGACAGGGUGAGGUAGGGCUGCCGAGUACCCCAGGGCGGGAGAUGCGGGCCGCGCUCACCGCCCGCAGCUUUUGUAUUUGUCUUUUGUACGGUUGUGAGCGUUGAGACCGGUCUUCUGGUACCUGUUUUCAUUGUAAAACUAUCUGAGUAAUUAAAGUCUAGCUUUUCUAAAGAAA